CUGCUCACUUCGAUUCGUCUCAGUAACACGCGGCGGUAUUUCAGAAGAAAUUAACAACAAUCCACGGAAAACCAUCCCCCACCCUGUGUACUCCCCGAAGGAGAUAUCACCAUCAAAGUGGCACCGGCGGAAAAACGCGGCUCUAGUAGCCUACAAACAGCCAAUAUGCUAGUGCCCCCAGACAUGUUGGCAGCCCAAUCCAAGAUGGUCUACCAGCUCAACAAAUACUACACCGAAAAAGUCCAAGCGAGAAAGCUGCAGGUGUCCAAGACGAUACAGGAAGUGUGCCGAGUUGUGCAGGACGUCCUGAAGGAGGUAGAGGUGCAAGAACCUCGGUUCAUCUCCUCCCUCACUGACUAUAACGGGAGAUUCGACGGCUUGGAAGUGGUUUCGCCAGUGGAGUUCGAAGUAGUCAUCUACCUGAACCAGAUGGGAGUGCUAAAUUUCGUCGAUGACGGCACUUUGCCGGGAUGCGCGGUUCUCAAGUUGAGCGACGGCAGGAAGCGCUCCAUGUCCCUCUGGGUGGAGUUCAUCACCGCUUCCGGUUACCUUUCGGCCAGGAAGAUGCGCUCCAGGUUCCAAACUCUCGUCGCCCAGGCUUGUGACAAGUGUUCCUACAGAGACAGUGUCAAAAUGAUAGCGGACACUACCGAGGUGAAACUGAGGAUUCGCGAGAGAUACAUAGUGCAAAUUACGCCAGCUUUUAGGUGUGCGGGAUUGUGGCCUCGUAGCGCCUCACAUUGGCCUCUGCCACAGUUUCCCUGGCCGCACCCCAACCACGUCGUAGAAGUGAAAACAGAAGGGUUUGAUUUGCUCUCCAAGGAGUGCAUAGCUCUCCAAGGUAAGCAGUCAGCGAUGGAAGGCGACGCUUGGGUGUUAUCCUUCUUGGAGGCAGAAAAUCGUCUAUUGCAAGGAGGCUGCAGAAGGAGGUGCCUCAGCAUAUUGAAAACGCUGAGAGACCGUCACCUGGACCUUCCCGGUAACCCUGUAACAGGUUACCACAUGAAGACUCUUCUGUUAUACGAGUGUGAGAAACAUCCCAGGGAACCUGAGUGGGAAGAGGCUUGUAUAGCAGAUAGGAUAAACGGUAUUUUCUUACAGUUGAUAUCGUGUUUGCAGUGCAAAAGGUGUCCCCAUUAUUUCUUGCCAAAUUUGGACCUGUUCAAGGGCAAAUCUCCAAGUGCCUUGGAAAAUGCGUCGAAAAUGGUGUGGCGGUUGACUAGGGAAAUGUUGACGAAUUCCAGAUGUUUCGAAAAGUUGUAGUUUGUAGUGUUUGUAUAGAUUAUUCAAUUGUAAGUACCAGUGAACACAUUUUUCACUCUAAAUUUCGAUUUUAUAAUAUACCUAUUUGUUCGGCGUCUAAACUUUUGUGACAGAGAAUAAUACAUUAUAAAAGAACUUCAAAGAAAAAUUACUAUACGUUCCUUUGAACAUCUACCGAGUUAGCAAUGCCCUUAGUUAUUAAUUCGGGUAUCUAAAUCAUUUUUUGAACUCUCAAAGUUUUGCCAGAAAAAACUUUUUGAACUUCAUGAAUCCAAUGAAAAAAUGUCGACUAUUCAAUAAAAUUGGAGCAGAACUUGACAAUUAUUUUACUAGAUAUAGGUGAAUGGCCUAUGAACUGAUGCUAGAAAUACGAUACAACUGUAAAUUUGGAGUAAAAAAUGCUUUCAUUGCCGCGGCACAACUCUUGUUAUUAUUUUUGAAACUUACAUGUAUAUUUUUUUUUGUGUACAAACUAAUGGGGCCAUUUCAGAGGCUUCUCAUUGUGAAAUAAUGAAGGCAAAUUCAUAAAACCGUAUUUGUUUUCAAUCUAUACAUAUGAAUAUUUGUUUCGACCGAUUAGAGUUUGUUGUUGCUCCCGUCGGACAUGUAUACUUAUAUAAAUUCAACUCUAGACUGUGAUUUUUUACUUAUACGAAAAACAUUUAGGGUCAAUCCUGCAAUCUGAUUUGAUAAAACCUGUUUGUGUUUUUUCAAUAAUCAAUACAAACAUCGUUAAUCUUCACAUACCUUUGUUUCAAUUAAUUUAUUGUUGAGAAAAAUAUUUGCAGAAUAGACCUUAGAGACUGCUUAAUGAAUUUACUUUACGGUAUGGUAUUUUUGUAAAAUAUGACAUAUUGAAAAUAUACGUUAUUUAUAUUAAA